AUGAAACAAAUUAUGAUCAAUUUCUCAGAACUCACUGAUGAUGCCAAAAAAAAAUAUAUUACUUUUCUAGCUGAAAGCAAUAUAAGUAUAGAAAAGCAAUCAAUUAAGAAACCUACUAUGCCACAAUAGCAUCGAGCCAGACAAUACAGUGCUAAUUCUGACAUUGCAAGUUUUAAGUCAUAUACUCCAACAAAGUCUAAAACAUACAUUUAAUCUCAUGUCAAGACAGAGCAUUCAAUUACUACUAAAUUCGAUGAUCUGAUCGAUGCAUAUCCCACCAUCAUGAAUUAAAUAUCCAAUUAGGAUCUACUCUCAAGGCCACUCAAAUUAAAUUUGAAUGAGCUCUGUCUCAUCAUUGAAGAAAUAUACUAAAGAAAAUUCAUUGAUGAUACAAAUUAAUUAACUAAAUACUAAACUGUGUGCGAUAUAUCCUUUGCAGAUUAUGUCUAUAAUUUUUUAUUACAGAAAUUCAAGCAUUCCAGAAAUCAAGUAUUAGACCAACAUAUAAAUUAGCAAAUCAUCAAUUUCCUUGCAUCUGUCGAUCUGCAUUCACUUAGAAAAAAAGACAUAAGCCUCUUUCAAUCAUUCUUAAGGUAUUAGAGAUAAGAAGUUUUGACCUUCUAUUUAUAUACAAGAGCCGUGAUCUAGAAAGAACUUAAACUAUCUUUUUAUCAUCCACUCCGCAAAUAAUGUAUUGAUAAUGAGUAGUUGUAAUUAAAUUAAAAAUAAGUGUAACAAAUCUCACAACUUCUGUAUAAUAGUGAAGAUAGGUACUAGGAAUUCAAAAAGUAUUUUAAGGGGAAUAAUAUAUCAGUCAGUGAUUUUUUUUCUGCUGCUCUGCAUAUUUAUGAAAUACAGCAUUAAACACAUAAAUAAAAGCCAUUCUAAUCAUAAAUCAAAUACAUACCUCCACUGCAAUUCACAAAUACUACUAAUAAUUUUGAUGAGUAUUAAGUGGAUUCUCCAUUAUUUGCUUAAUCUGAAGUAGCCACAGAUUAGAACCAAUAACAAGAGAAGUAUUUUGCAUCCACUGGUCCAAGUCAAUAGAAUAGCAAUUAGAAAGAGUAAGAGUAAGAACUAGAAGUCUAAUUCAAGUUUAAGAAAAAGAAUGACAACUUUAAUUUAGUUUAAUAAAACAUAAAUGAGAAGUUGGAAGUCAAAUUAACAAGAUUUAUCUAAGAUUUACUUGAGGAAAUGGGGGAGUUAGAUUUUGAAUAGAAAACAUAAAAGUUAGAGGAACUGUAGAACUGUAUAGAUGGAAUUAUGAAUACUCUUUUGGAUGCUAUAUACAAAUAUGAUAAGCUAUUAUGGUUCAAAAGAUUGAACAAACAACCAGAUGAUAUAGGGUUAGAAUAUAUUGAAAAUCUUUAAAAAGUGUACAGGAGUUUAAGCAAAACUAAAUAACCUUAAAAUGAAGAUCUUGAAAAAUUCAGUUGCUCAUUAAUGCAAACACCAGAGUUGGCUAAGUAGAUAGAAAGUGAAUUGCCUUGGUUGGGAGAAUGA